CCCUUUAAACUGCAUUUGGUUUCCCGCACUAAACCCAAAAUCUCUCUCUCUCUCUCUCUCCCUGCUCUGCUCUCUUCUACAAUCCCCCAAUUCAGAAACCCUAGGUCCCAAACACCCACAAUUCCACCAAUCCAAAACCAAAGUAGACACCUCUUGCAGUACCAACUACUCUCCUUGACCAAAAUGUCUGCAAAGGCGGCAGCCGACGAUCCCUGCAACACCGAGACCGAUGAAGGCACGGUCGCUCUCCAGAAGAAGCGGUCACGGCGCGUGAGCUUUGCCGAGAUCACGUCCGUCCACGUGUUCGACCGGGACGACGACUACGAGACGCCUCCCGAACCCAGACCUAGCUCCGAAAACGAGGACGAGUUGGGGUUUCUCCGGUUCCUGGCCGACGGCGAGGAGUCGUCGCAGAAUGAGGAGAAGGUGGAAGGAAACGAAGAAGACGACGAGCUCGAGGACGGACGGAGGUCGUUCUUCCGGCCGUUUGAGUCCCCGUCUCCUGGAAGCACCAUUGGGUCUGCUACCUCUAAUGAUGAGGACAAUUUUUUCGGCCCUGUAUCAGCUAGUUUUAUCCAACAUGGAAGGUUUUCAGACUCUGCAGCUUCAGAUGAAAACCAUGAUAUUACGUUGGAUUCAACAGCUUUCUCAAUGCAUUUUCGUAGUCUCGCAAGAUCAGACUCAGGAGGGGAUUUGAAAACCCCAAUGGGUGUUCAUCUUUCUUUUGAAGAGAAAACUCCUACACAGAACACUGUCUCCGCUAAUGUAGGAAGCUCCAUGGUACUGACUGUAGCUAAGCCGAUAUCGGAGUCUUCUACAUCUGUUGAUAAGUUAAGUGGCAGUCGAUAUUCAAAUGAUAUGAGUCUUGUUGGAGAAAGCCCACAGAGGUAUGACUAUGGGAGAUUAUCUCCUGGACUGGAUGCACUACUGGCUGAAGGAAGUAAGGACUUGCAUGCUGUUUCAGUCUUGGAUAAUAUACCCUUUUCCGAGUCAUCAAUAAAACUAAAAAAUAGGUCUUCGCCAUCUAAGAAGCAAAGUGGCCUGAUAGAGCCUGUUGACGGUAGAGAGAAAGAAAUGGGCAGCAUUGAUUCUGCUGAGUUGGAUGACGCAAAUGGUGGUUGUAAUGUCUCCCCCCUUGGUAAGAUCACAUCCGGUUUAUCUGAUAUGCACAAUACUCCAGCUUCUGAUGUCUCUGUUGAUAAGCAAUGCUGGUCUCCUAAUCAGUUGACUGAAGGGUUGACAUGUGCUAAGACUAAGGAUUCAGACGCUUUGGAAAUAAGAAGGCCAAAUUCGGACUGUGAUGCGGCUAUUUGUGAAAGCCAAUCAUAUCUUGAUAACAAAGCUCAACGAACGGAUGUUUUUGCUUCAAGUGGAUAUGAAACCCCACCAGCGCCGGCAUUGUCUUCUUUAUCUGCUAAACAAAGGCUAAUAGUUUCGAAUAAUGAUAGUCCCUUGCAAAACCUCCAGAUUACAACUCCUUUCAAGAAUCAACAAAGUUCAUUUGUAAGAGAUUUAACAAGGAAACAAAGUGAGAUUGUAUCGUCCAUUCAGAAAAGCAUUUCAAAACUUAAAAUGCUCAAUGCCUCUCCCUUUUCCUCUUCUCUGAAAGUUAAUAAUGGUUCAACACUCAUACCACUGGACAUUUUCAAGAGUACUGUGUACAAUACUGUACUAGAUAGAGACAGAGAAGAUGUUCAAAUGGAAUGUGUGGACACUGCAGUUGCUUGUUCUGAAGAUCGAUUAUUUAUUGUCGCCACGGAAAAUGGAGAACUGAAGUCUUCAAUCAACAUUGAUGCCAGUGACAUUGAAACUGUGGAAAACAAGGUAGAUGUAAGUCAUGCUAAAAGCUCCUUAGGUGUUUCAGAGGAUGGAAUUUCACCUGGUCAUAUCUCUUCAGGUUUCUUUCCUAAACUUAAGGAAGAAGAGGGUUUACUCUCUCAGAUCACUUGGUCUGGAAACAAGAUGCGGAAGAAUUUAUUGACACCUGGAGACCCAAUCAAAGGGAUGGUUUUUACCUCUGCAGAGGACUCCUUGUUCAUGGAGACCAUGCUUGACCCUUCCAAUAAUAAGAAAACUACUGGUACUCCUCAUAGAACUCUGCCUUCUUCAGAAAAAAUCAUGGAAAAGGCAUCAAUAGCGUCGGAAAAAUAUAGGGCUCAAGAUAGAAGACCAUAUGAUCAGGUUAGCAAAAGUGCAGACGUGAAUCCAGGACGUGAUGCAGAUUCAAGGGACAAUGUUAGAAAUGCAAGCCCUUUUACUAUCAAUAAAUUGGAUUCUUUGUUCUUGGAUACAGCACUGUCUAGCUCACCCAUCAUGGAGAUCAACCAUCCGAAAGAAUCCAUUAGAUUAGAAAGUAUGGAUGACAUUGGGAACUUCCAAACACCUUUGAGUGAUAAGGACACAAAAGAAGUUCACUCUAUGAUUGUGAAUGGGAACCUCGAUGUUGACAAACCAGUGAGAUUCAAGGAACUUACAAUGGGAGGGGUAAAAGUUUCUUCUCUUGGUUCUGCUUCUCCAUUUGCCCAUAGGGGCGGCAUUGAGCUACAAAGUCAAAAGUUAAAUAUGCAGCAAGUGGUGAAACUGGUCACUCAAAGUCCGUCAAGGAAAGAGAACCAUAAUGCUGCACAUAAUGACAAACAGCAUUCAGUUAUGGUGGAAGGCAUACUGUCUCCCAACUCCAAUUACUUGACAGAUUCAUUUGGGAACUUUCAUGCACGAAAAAGAAGAAGGGAAGACACGAUACCUGGGAAUAGUGCCCUUUUGGAUGAAAUUUCCAGGAUCCGUAGGAGCCCUAAACAUCAUAGAAGCAAGGUUGUUUCAGAAUCCUUUUCAGAACAACCUAGUGAAAGUAGCACUGAAACAUCUACAGUAGGACGUGACAGUGAAGCAAGAGUGCAGCAUUGGGCUGAUGUCUUUUCAAAGUUCUUAGCAGAUGCAAAACAAUUGUUUUCACCAUCAACUGAUAAGCUUAAUUUGCCGGCGAUUGCCGUGCUAGAAGAUGUUUUGGUUAACCUGCGGAGGGUGCAAAUAUAUGAGACGCUGUGCUCUGAAGUUCGGUCUCAGAAAUUAUCUCAUAAUUUCAGCAAUCCUCAAUAUAAAAGAAUUGCUGAAACGAAAUUGUUGCUGCAUAGAUUUGUGCAUGAACAGGCAAAAUUGCAGUUGAUGAAAAAGAAGCGUGAGAGACUAAUGAAAAAACUACAGCUAUUGAGCUCUGGAAUUCAGGAGUCUCAAAUGUUAAAGUUGAAGUUUCUUCCCCGCCUGUCUGUACCAUGUACAAGAGAUGCUUGUGUUGAGUCUGUUGACAAUAAUCAUCGCCAGUCGGUUAAUUUUGGGGGCACACAGGAGGAAGAGGUUUCUGGCGACAAAGUAACUGCUCUGAGGCAGGUACUUGAUGACUCGGAAAGAAAAGUUAUGAGCUUAUGCAAAUCUUUUCUCAAUUAUUCUAAGAAGCAGGGACAAACAAACAGUGCAGACACUAUUUUAUUUGUUAGUGAUCAAUUGAAGAAGAAAGCUUGUUGCAGGUUUAUACGCUUGGAUAUGCAGUUGUGGGAUGUUGAUAAUCUGGAGAGUGCAAAUGAUCAUCAUAACAUUGUUCUCAAUUUCCUUGGAUUCAUCAUUCAAAGGUUCACAAUAAAUGUUGCUCCAGUUUCAAGGAUAGUCAUUUCAAAUAAGCCGAAUGAUGUGAACAUCUCGAAGAGUUUCCCAAACAUGGAUGUUUGCACUGCUUUUGCAUUUGUGUUAAAUGCAAGCACUACGCGGAAGUAUGUUGGUUCUAUAAGUUUGACUCAAGAAACACAAAUUACCAGUUCAGUUUUAGGUAAUUUGCUAGAUGUUGUUCAAGAGGUACAAGCAGCAAGUGUUGAGCUACAGAAUCUGACAUAUACAAGUUUUCGUUCUACAUCUGUGGAACAGCUUGAACUACAUCUUCAUUUCAUCGAUUUUAACAGUGGUAGGAAGGCGGUGUUGUCUGUUGACUUGUCAUGUGUAAAAUGGGGGAUAUAUCCUUCUGAUGCAGUACCGGCUGUACCACCUCAGUUGGAGGGUCCACCUGAUGUGUCACGGAAAUUGCUACCUGAACCACAGUUAGCUGAAAUUAGAGCUGCAGUUCAAAGUCUUCGAGUUGGAUAUUCGAGGAUUAUACGCCUUUGUAGGUGUGUUUCCGAAUUGGUUCAAACUUGGAGCGGGUGAACGGUAAUCGGUACAAAACUCCAACAAAAGUGAAGCUGCCAACAAUUUGUUGGUUUGCCUUGCAAUGCAGGUGCCGAACUCUUUUGGCCGUGUAAAACAUACAAGAGGUGAUCUCAUACGGGUUUCUAUAAGUACGGAUCUAUUUGGUGUAUUUUUCUCUGUUGUUCCAAGAAACUACCAGUGUGCGUAUGCAAUGGAAAUGUUUGGAUAAAGGAAUGUGCUAUAUAAUGUACCGCAGCUAGGUUGUCCUGAUGAAUGGGACUUGGAUCUC